CUUCUGAGUUCUGAAAGAAGGCGCUCCUGAUUGCGACAUAACCUCAAAAAAAAAAUUGUGAAUGUGUUUAUUUCUAUCCUAUUUAUACAAAAAUGAAUUUAAAUCUCAACGUUUUAAUGCAGCAAGACAAAGUGAAGCUGUUUCCCCAUAUUUGUCGAUGUUUAGUAAAGUUCGAGUCCACGAAAGUUCAAGACGUUGCCUUAACCCCGGAGGAAAUUGUUCCGCCUCCCGUGAAGCCCCCAAAGAUUGCAGAACAGUCGAAAAGGUCACACAAGGCUAGACUAGGCCAGUUUUUUCGAAAACAUCCACAUUUAGGUGAUGUCAAGCACGACAUCCCUGAAAAAUAUUUUGCUUUGAAGAGACUAACACCCCCUGAGAAUUUAUAUUUGAUAGACGCUCAAGUUGCAAAAAAGGCCGUAACGUACAUUUUGCCGCAUAUAACAAAAAAUGAGAAUCAGCUCGUUUGUGAAACAAACGCCGGUCUGGGCCUAAUAAGCGGGGAAUUACUGGACAGUGGAGUUAACUUAGUGAGGUUGUAUGAGUCUUGCCCGGAUUUUAAAGAGCAUUUAAAAACUAGAUUUAAGCCAUACAAGGGACGUGUUGAGCUAUUUACCAAAGAUCUCUUCCUUUUACACCGAUACGAAUUUAUAGACAAGCAAGACCACGGUAACAGAGUGGAACAAUUGCUGAAAGGGGUCCCGAAGAAAGCGUGGGAAGAUGAACCAGCAAUGACUGUAAUCGGUACAAUGGCCAACAUGAAUUUCAUUCGUUUUUUAAUGAAAUCGCUAGUCUUACAAUCAUUUAUUACGACACUAGGGAGAAUGCAAUUGUAUGUUUUUAUGCGACCAAGGGACUACAUUGUACUAACAGCCGGGCCUCACCUGAAUUUACACACGUACAAACGUUGGUCGGUCUUUUUCAACCUAUUUUUUGACUAUGAACUGUUUGAUAAGUUCCCGCGUGAGGUUUUUUUGCCUUGGCAAUCCACAAAUGCGCAUCAGUCAGGUCGUUACCCUGGCCAGGUUGAUCCCGACAUGAUGUAUUUUGUUCGAAUUAAUCUCAAACAGAAGUUACCAUUGGGCACGAAAAAUCUGCUUUCUUUUUAUGCGUUCAUUAUGCAGUUUUUUGGUCAAGGGACACAAAGGAUUAUUCCAACGUUAGAGAGAUGGGUACCAGGGGCGGGCUUAGACGCAAUGAUACCCAAAUCGAAACAUUCACAAUAUUUCAAAGACAUUGAUAUUUUUACAAAGUUUGGGGAGCUUACGCCGCAACAGAUACUGGCAGUUUUUAAAGAAAUGAUUUCACAUCCAGAGUACAAACAGAGCCAUUUUGUCGAAGCGAUCGAAUCUCAUUUGAUUAAAACGGAAACGAUUGAAACUAGUCUUGAGGACCAUUUAGAAAAAAAUGAAGAGCAAUAGUAUUUGAUAUCAAUAAAAUUUGCUCAACAUUU